AUGAGCAACAACAUCCUCAACAGCAAUAAGUCGAAGUUCAUAAUUAACACUUCGGUUGAGUAUUUUGCGGCUAGCGUAAGCGGUGGCCCAACUGCUGACGAGCAUCUGUCUGCCGUACAGGAGUUCCUCGAGAACGAUGAACUGACCGUCAUUGCAGCGGUGCAUAACAAAUCGGAUGGCAGCAUAAAAUUUCAUCAUCGCAUACCUGGUGACGAGGUUUGCUUGCUAUUUUACAAGAUACCGCAAGCCGGCGGCGGCAACAGUGGCGCAGCAAACAUUUCAGCAGCGAGCAGUGGAGAGGCAUACGACCAACCGCUUGGUAUUUUGACGCUCGAGGGCGGAUUGGUCAAGUCAAUUUACAAUUCCGUUUCGCGUGUAUUCUCACCGCAAGCUGAAGCCAGGAAAACUGAAUACAGUUCCGAGUUGAGCGGUCUGCUUGAAAAUUUACAUGUUUCUUUGGGUUCAACUUUGGGUUUACCGCAAAGUGGCAUUACUUCACUGAAGGAUGAAAUUAAACAUUGGCGGCAAAAAUUAAAUCAAAAGUCCAGUUCUCGCAUUGACCGUGAAAUGUCUCAAACGUUUAUUGGCUUACUUGAGAAUAUUGACAAGCAGAUGAGUUCGAUAGAUUAUACAAACACCGGCACGAGCAUCGAAGAGUUCUUAGACAGCUCACACAAUCUUCUAGAUGAGCUGUGGCGUUUACCAUACCAGUAUCCACAGGCACGCAUGGCUGACUUAUUGGAUAUCAUAGGAAAUCGACUGAUAGCAAUAUGCGUAGAGCAACUGGUAAUGGAGGAUAUUUGGAGUUUGAACUCACAUCACGUCAACGCGCAAAUGAGUCAAUGCAUUGAUACAGCCGAAUCCUGGAUGCAGCUUUGUGACUCACUUACACGCCUCUUCUGGCCUAAUUAUGUGCAGCAUUCCUGGAUUGGUGAGCCACACGUGUCUAAGCGAGCACAACAGUUUAAAGAACGGAUUUUAGAGAUAAAGAAUAUCCGAAAUCUCUACAAACAAAUUGCCACCUUAUUAGAUGAUGAAGAGAUGCAGAGCAUGCUAUAUGAGACUUCGCCAUUUAAAGAAGUCAAUAUUUUCGAUACCACCCCUUUGGGUCAAUCGAGGUGGAAUAAAGCUUUACAAAAUUUUGAACAAGUCCUGCAACCCAUUGACGAACGCAUUGCCUCUGCGCUGAAAGCCCAACUUCAUAACCACCUUAGCAAUCCACGGCAAGUUAUAUUCAUUUUCUCCAAAUAUGAAACACUCAUACAGCGACCAGCUGUGCUAGAGCUAUUGACUAUCGAACGAGAACAGUUUCUACAGUCCUUGCAGUUUCUGUUGCAAGAUUUGCGAAAAGCAAUGUCCGAUACAAAUAUGGAACCUGAUACUGGUCAUCUGUCGGUAAUUUGCAAUGAAUGCCGUUGGUUGAAGGUCGUGCAAUAUCAGAUACAGGAAAUUGAGACAGUUAGUCAUCUGAUCAGUGGACGUGAGGGUUUCGACAAGGUUAACAAGGCAGUGCAAGAGAUCAAAGAGGAAACAGAGUCUUUACUACGCACUAACUUUGAGAUUUGGUGUGGACAGUGUUCCACAAAUGUGAAGAGUGGAGAGUUAAGAUUGCGAGAAGAUCAACCGGUGGUUAAGUUCGAGAAGGAAGGUCGACAGUUAAUGCGCGUUACAUUCAAUCCGAAAUUGGUUACUUUCUGUCAAGAUGUGCGAGAAUUCGAAAAUCUCGGUUACAACGUGCCUUCAGAAUUGCGUUCAUCAGCUGCGCAUGCCGCCAAAUUUAUGAGCUAUGCACGACGUCUACAACAGAUCGCGACAUUCCACAAUACAAUUGGCGAUCGCAUGAUACCAUGUGAGAGACCGAUCAUGUUGAAGAAUGCGGUAGAGUUGUCGAAAGUAGUGCAGAGUGAGACGGUGGCCUGGAAUGAUGAGGAGUCGGUGCAACGUUACAUAGAUGUGCUGCAAACUGCUGUUUCGAAGCUAUCUGCCGAUAACACCCUUCUAGUGGGCUACCAUGAGCAGGCCAAGCGAUCGGUAAUUAAACUAAUGAAUACCGAUUUAUUCACACAAAACCAAGUGUGGAAGGAUGAAAUGCGGCAUCUACGCGAGCUGGUGGCAACAAUGGAGCGUCAAGGAUAUACCAACUUGGAUGCUUUCAAAUUACAUUGGGACCAUCAGCUCUAUAAGGUUUUGGAAUACCAGUACAUCAUCGGCCUUGUAGAUAUGAAUAAUAAACUGCCUGAUAUACACAUCGAUAUUUUAUUCAGACAACGUCAGCUUUGUUACCGUCCACCCGAAGAAGAGAUACGCGAAAAAUACUUCACUCAACUUCGACGCUUCAUCGAACGACCCAGUAGUUUCCGUGGACUGUCAGAUAACAGUACUGAGCUAUUCAAAACAAUGAUUGAAAUUAAUCGCCGCUAUUUCGGACCACUCUUCGAACGCGCCGAGCAACUAUUUCGGAAGCUUGAAGAAUUCAAAAAGAUCUGGUUGCCUUGGGUGGCAUUAGGUUGUGUUGAUAUCGAGGAGUUAUCUGAUAUACACUUAACAACAUCGGAGGACUGGGAUCGUGAGUUUAGAGCAUGCAAAAAUUUCGGUCAAAAGAUUGCAAAAAUUCAGAACUCCGAAGAGUCUAUUGACUGCAUCAUUAUCAACACUUCGCCUUUGCGUUCGGAAAUUGAGUUGAUUAGUCGACGAUAUUGGGAAUCAUUGACCAAUAGCUUGAGAACAGCUAUUGUCAAUGACGUCACCGUAGUACAGGAGUUUUUGCAGAACUCACUACAGUUUCUGAAUAAUGUACCCAUGGAAGAGACUUCGAUAACUGAGUCUGGCAUGAAAUACGAGAAAAUGAUGUCUGAACUACCGAGGAUAUCAGAAACGCUCGAUUCGGUAAAAAGUAAAGACGCCUGCCUCGCCGGUUGGUGCAAAGAGCGUGUCACCGCCUUAGCUAAUAUUCUAUUGCAGUGGGAACGGCUACAGCCUCUUAUUGAAAAUCAUGCGGUGGUACUUCAACGUCAAGUCCAUAUGCUUAAGGAUCAAGCGCACUCGCAAUUGCAGAAUUUACAAAAUGAAGCCGAGAAAUUUCUGCUUCGCUGGGAAUCGACCAUCAAUGAACUAGAGAGCAAUGAAAACGCCACCCUAGAACUAUUCAAGGAACGUCGUGAGCAUUGGCAACAAAUAAAGACGAAGAAAGCGCAAUUGCUGGAGGAAUGCAGCAAAUUUAAUAUGCAAUUUCCAACGGAGUUGCUUGCUCCAUUCGAGGAAAUUGAAGAGAAAAUGUUGACACAAUCGAAACAGUGGGAAGUUUAUGACAACUAUCUUACUGAAUUGAACAGCAUUACCGAUGAAGAGUGGGCCAUCUACCGUCGACGACCUUAUGAGCUGAAUGAGUUCAUCAACAAGUGGGAGGGUUCGGUGCAUGCGUCCAUCGAUCUGCCUUCCAAGCGUAUACGUCAAAGUGUGGAGCGGCUACAGGAGGUUAUGCCUAUAUUACAACAAUUACAAUCCGAUACUUUAACGGAGCGCCACUGGGCUCGCAUUUUUAUGCUAUUGAAUAAGCCAGAUCCAAAACCUAUGCACACUCUGCUUUUGCGUGAUGUAUUAGAAAAUUGUGGAGCUCUCCAACAAGCUUCUGCAGAAAUCACAAAACUCGUAAAACAAGCAGCUUCGGAGCAAAUUGUUCGUCAAGCCUUAACCGAAUUGGAUCAGUGGUCUGUAACAGCUAACUUAAAGCUGAUAAAUCAUAACGAUUCUGACGGCAAAGCAUUACCACUUAUUAAGGACUACCAGGAGGUGUUAAAUAAAAUUGGCGAUAAUCAGUCCCUAUUGCAGUCAGCUAAGAAUUCAGCAGCCUUUGAGACAUUCUCAGAUCAGGCAGACUUAUGGGAGAGUCGCUUAAAUACAUUGGAUACGCUUUUAACGAGCUUAAGUCAAUCGCAAAGGCGUUGGGUGUAUCUGGAGCCUGUUUUCGGCGCAGGUACCUUACGCAAUGAAGAGGCACUAUUCCGCCGCAUUGACAAGGAUUUUCGCUAUGUGAUGCGUGAAAUUCAAGCAGAUCCUCGAGUAAUAUCACUCACCAAGAUUAAUAACAUAUCAAGUAUUGUAAAUUCACUAGAAACGCAGCUAGCGCGUUGUCAAAACAACCUCACGACCUAUAUUUUGGACAAGCGAAAUUCAUUCCCACGCUUUUAUUUUCUUGGUGAUGAUGACUUACUCGAGAUAUUGGGACAGGCCACAAAGGAUGCUGAAAUUAUACAAAAACAUAUUAAAAAGCUCUUCCCCGGCUGCCAUGGUCUGGGCAUAAUAAAGUCACUGAGCGAUGAACCGACUGUAUACACCAUACAAUCUGUGCAAAGUGCCGAAGGCGAUGUGCUGCAAUUGCAACAAGUCGUGCCUAUGAAGGGCCCCAUUGAGGAUUGGCUCAAUCACUUAGUUAACUCCAUACAGCAUACACUCAAGGAUGCAAUAUUUGAAUGCUACACUGUCACAGGGGCCGACAAAUUCUCCGAGUCGAUGCUGCGAAAAUACCCCAUCCAAGUAUUAAGUACCAGUCGCGCCAUCCAAUUCACCCACGAAGCCGAGAAAGCCAUACAGUCUAUGUCGUUGCGAAAACUGCAUCAGGCGUUGAACACUGAAAUAACACACUUCGCCAAUAUGAAAAACCAAACAAACGACACACUGCUGCAGAUUAAACUGCGCGCACUGCUCUUCGAUUUGGUGCACUACGCGUCGGUGGUAGAGGGCCUACAGCAGCACAAUGUUAUGCACAGCACCGAUUGGCAUUGGCUGAGCCAGUUGAAGUUCUAUUUGGCCGGCACUGACGGACGCUUAGUCGUGAUGCGUAUGGUGUACGCUGAGUUUGAGUACUCGUACGAAUUUCUCGGCAAUCCAAAUAAGCUGGUCAACACCAAGCUGACGCACAAAUGUUAUCUCAUCCUUACACAAGCGAUGCAUAUGGGGCUGGGUGGCAAUCCGUUCGGACCGGCUGGCACUGGCAAAACAGAGUGUGUGAAGGCGUUGGGCGCCAUGUUGGGUCGCUUAGUGCUGGUUUUCAACUGCGAUGAGAAUGUGGACACUGAAUCGAUGAACCUAAUUUUAACUGGACUGGCGCGAUGCGGCGCUUGGGGCUGCUUUGAUGAAUUCAAUCGUCUGCAUGAAGCAACGCUCUCGGCAAUUUCUAUGCUAAUACAACCCAUACAGAUGGCUUUAAAGGAUAAGGCCGAUGUGGUGCAAAUUGGCGAGAGAAACGUCAAGCUCAAUCAGCAUUGCGGCAUUUUUGUCACGUUAAAUCCAGCAGGCGCCGACUAUGGAGGCCGCCAAAAGUUACCCGGGAACAUACAAGCGCUCUUUAGGCCAAUUGUGAUGCAACAACCAGAGCCGUUGGAAAUAUCACGUGUCAUGCUAUUUGUGGAGGGAUUUCAACACGCCAACGAAAUUGCCGAACGCAUUGUCGAACUUUUCGAUUUGUGCACAAAAAUGUUAUCCGCCCAACGCCACUAUGAUUGGGGCUUACGCGAGUUGAAAACCAUUUUACUAGCUUGCGGCACUGAACUACGUGCCCAGUUAAGCAACAACAAAAAGCUCAAGAGCAUUGACAUUACAACAGCAGACACGACGGUUAACAGUUUGAAUAUGGAAAUGUCAACUGUAGUAUACAUGUUACGCAUGUCCAUUCUAUCGAAACUCCAUCUACACGAUGUGGCGCGUUUCGAUAUGUUAGUAACAAACGUUUUUCCGGAAAUUGAAAAAGUCACCUUUUGCAAAUCUGAGCUGCAACAAGCGCUAGUUGAGGCCUUUGGGAAACUCGGACUCUGCGUCAACGACAUGCAAAUCGGAAAGGCGCUGCAGUUAUAUGAACAGCUCAACAAGCGUAUGGGAGUGGUGGUAGUAGGACCUCCGGGGUGUGGAAAGUCGACUGUAAUCACAUUGCUAAGACAAGCUUUGAUGUCGACUGCCAUGCAAUUGACAGCAACCGCUAUGACGGCAAUGAGCGCGACACAAAUCCGACUAUAUACAAUCAAUCCAAAAUCGAUGAGUCGCGUUCAACUGCUCGGUCGCCUUGACCCAGACACGCGUCAAUGGAUGGACGGCGUGUUGACCAAUACGGCUGUAACGGUGAAUGCGGAGCCGUCAAAUAUACACUCGUGGAUAGUGUGCGACGGCAGUAUUGAUCCAGAGUGGAUUGAAGCUUUGAAUUCCGUGCUAGAUGAUAAUAGAUUGCUUACGCUGCCUUCAGGUUGGCGCAUACAAUUCGGCAACAAUGUGAACUUUAUUUUCGAGACCGAUGACGUACGACACGCUUCGCCAGCGACCAUAUCGCGCAUGGGCAUUGUGAACAUGAACGCGGCCGACUUUCCACGUACGGAAAUACUGGACUCCAUGCUAACCAAGAUCGAGUUUGGCGAUUUGCUGCGCAACUAUAUUGAUGAGCAGUUCAAGCCAGCCGCACAAUGGGUCGAAAAGGAGUAUCUCUACUCUUUACCCGCUCUAGACACAUGGAAUUUACUAAGCACUCUGCUGCUGAUGCUGCGCGAUGUACAGAGGCGUGAUGAGUUCUGUGUAACAUUAUGCCGCGUUCUUUAUGGAUUUCUGCCCCCCGAACGCCACAACGAACUGGCCAAUUAUGUAUUCGAACGCGCCAACAUUUACAUCAGCAAUCCGAAUCAUGCUGAACUGGCCUACUUUGAAAACGAACGCGGUGCGAUUGAGUUCUACGAGUCAGAGAACCUAGCGUCAGUGGGCGUUAGCGGCGCGGUACAGCUCAUACAAACUGCCGCUGUCAAAUCUUAUUUGAGUACUUUACGCAGCUACUUAAGCGCACCCGCCAACACACCGUUUCUCAUUGUGGGCCCCACAGGAGCGGCCAAGACGCUGUUGAUGCAGCAGGCUGUCCAGGAAUAUGCCGGCUAUGAUUUAAUUGUCAUCAACUGUUCGAUGCAACUAACCCCCGCCUACGUUUUGCAUUGCUUGAAGCAGAACUGUGUCAUUGUGAGCGGCCUGCGUGGCCGCGAAUUCAAAGCAAGACAAACACGUGUGGUUUUGUUUCUGAAAAAUCUGGAUCUUUGUAAUUUUGACACUUGGGGCACAAGUGAUGUUAUGGAACUACUGCUGCAGUUGGUGCAACGUGCCGGUUUCUACGCAGACAAUUUGGAAUGGGUACAAGUUAGUGGUGUGCAAAUUUGUGGUUCGGUUUCACAGGCCACGACGUCAGUAAUGAGUGGGGGACUGCAUAAGCUACCGCCACGUUUUCUGGCGAUAAACAAAUUUCUGCGCGUCAGUUACCCGACCGAUGCAGAUAUGUUGACAAUCGUGCAGAGCCAGUUGGAACCCAUAAUGGCAAGCGGACACUUUAAAACGGCGGGAGUGAAUGUGCAGUAUGUGGUUGAGGGACUCUUGGAAUUAUUCAAGAAAGUGCGUGCUACUUUCUCUGCAUCGUCCCACGUGUGGGAGCAUUAUAAUUUCAAUCCAAAGUUUAUAAUGCAGUUACUGCACAAUCUUAAAUAUUAUCCCGCUGACGCUUUCAACGAGGCUUUAUGUGCGGAAGUGAUAUCUAUAUUUGAAGAUCGCUUGGCCAGUGCAUCAGAUGUGCAUGAAUUUCAGAGCAUCUUCAGACAGACAAUGCGUAAAUUCUAUGGCAGAGAGAAGGUAUUCUUUGUGCCCAGGUCAACGAAGCACAACGCUGAGCUCCGCGCGCUCGCUCACGACGAGUGGUUAGAAGAGUUGCAGAAGCAGAUAACAAUUUGCAAUGCCGAGUCCUUCGUGAUAGACCAACCGAUUACCAGAGAGCUACUUGAUUUGACAGCAAAAGUGACACGAGUGCUAGCGCGUGAUGAGACACAUCUGCUGAUGCUUUCACGCCCUGGUGGCAGGCAUGUGGAUGCGCUCUACGCGGCAGCCAAUUUGCAGCAAGCCAAAAUUUAUAUCACGCAAGGUGGACCUGGAUAUGGCAUACAAGAUUUCUACAACGACUUAAAAUUGGCCAUGCAAACUGCAGCGCUUGAGAAUCAGUGCACUGUACUACUCAUAGAACACUGCUGGAUCACGUUUGCGCCGGAUAUUUUAAAACCAAUUGAAGCGCUGCUUGAAGGCAGCGAAAUACUGAACUUAUUCGGCGAAGAUCUGGAAUCUAUAGCAAGUUCACUUAAGCAUGCGGCACAGUUGGAGGGUUUUCAGGAAUCUAUAAGCGCCUACUUUUUGAAAAAGGCUACGAAAAAUUUGCACCUCAUUAUCGCACUGGAUCCAGCUAAUACCGCACUUAACGGGUUGUUUAGCAAGUUUCCGGCGCUUUACCGUAACAUGGAGUUGUAUUUCAUACGUGCUCCCUCCACCGAAACGCAGAAUCAAUUGCCGAAGAAAUGUAUUGAAAUGCUUGGUGAGGCCACGGGCAGCAGAGGCGCUGUGCCUGUAUUUUCCUACUUUACCGAUGCUGUGGAAAGCUUGGUAAUGCAGCAGGCACCGAAGCGUUAUUAUCAACUGAUAUGCUCCUACUAUUAUAUUUACACCAAUUUAGCAAAGGACAUAAAACAGAGGCUGGUCAAAUUACAGCAUGGCGUUGACAAACUGGCCGAGGCGCACAACGUUGUAGACACGCUCAAGUCGAACGCCAGUCAACAAGAGGAGGCGCUCGCUGAUAAACGCAAACUGGCCAACGAUGCGCUCGAAAUGAUUUCGGCAACUAUGCGUAGUGCCAACGAUCAGAAAACCAACAUGCUGGAACUGAAGAAGAAGACACAGGAAAGCAGCGAACAACUGAAAGAGCGCCAGAAGGAGAUACAAAAGGAACUGGCCGAAGUAGAACCCAUACUCGCAGAGGCCAGCACGGCAGUGGGUCAAAUAAAAUCGGAAGCGCUGUCCGAGAUACGCUCACUACGUGCACCACCCGAUACUAUACGUGACAUACUUGAGGGCGUCUUGCGGCUGAUGGGUAUACGUGAUACUUCGUGGAAUAGUAUGAAGACUUUCUUGGCGAAACGUGGUGUGAAAGAAGAUAUACGUUCAUUGGAUCCGGCACAUAUAAAUCCUGAUAAUUGUGCCGCUGUAGAAAAGUUAUUGGAUGCGAAAGCAGAAUCCUUUGAGAUGAAGAAUGCCAAACGCGCUUCUGCCGCUGCGGCGCCACUUGCCGCCUGGGUGAAGGCGAGCGUGCGCUACUCGAAGGUCAUACAAAGCAUACGUCCACUUGAGCGCGAACAAAACGAACUACAGCGCAACUUAGACGUAGCCGAAGGUGAAAUGCAAAGCUUAAUGAGCGGCUUAGAUGAUGUGGACAAUCGCGUAAAGCAGUUGUCAGCUAAGCUGAAUGCUUACACACAGGAAGCAGCAGUGCUGGAGAUUAAGCUGGACGAUGCGCGUAAAACCCUGCAUGCAGCCGAGGUGCUAAUUGAGAAACUUAACUCUGAGUUCCAUACAUGGAGCAUCCAGCUGGAGGAAUAUAAGACAUCACAUAAAACACUGGACACCAAAUCGCUGUUGAUUGCGCUAGCCAUCAACUACUUUUCACAUCUGACUUUGGAGCGCAGAAGCUUCAGUAUGGAUCGUCUACUUGGCGAACUGCAGUUGCGGCCAUUUGAUCUACGUAAGAGCUUACUCACUGAGCAGGAACAAAUUAUAUGGGAGAGUAUGGGUCUCGCAUCUGAUGCGCAGAUAAUCGAAAACGCUGCGUUACUACGUCAAAUGGUUGACCUACCUUAUGGCAGCUGUCCCAUACCUUUGGUGCUGGACCCCACACAGACAGCCAUCAAAUGGUUAGAGGAAUAUUUGCGCUCCAAAGCCAGACCUUACGACAUCACUACGCAAAACAAUGAACGUUUGAGCUACAUGCUUGAACUGGCCGUGCGUUUUGGCAAAGUGCUCGUGGUGCAGGAUUGUCAGCAGAUGCGUCCGCCACUGCUACAAUUAUUGCUUGGACGUUUUUUCGUCAAGUUCGGCAAGAAACAGGUAGAAGUGGGCUCAAAAAUGAUAGAUCUACACGAACAAUUUCAGCUAGUACUCUUUACGAAGACUAAUAAGUUGAACAUUCAACCUGAAACUUUGAGCUAUUUGACUUGUAUACCUUUUACCGUUACCGCGAUUGGCCUAGCGGAUCAACUCAUGUCAAAAGCAAUAGUUUUGAAGAAUCCAGAACUGGAACGUAAACGUAUAGAACUGUUGAAAAAUGAAGGUGUGCUCUUGAAGCAACGCAUCGAAUUGGAGGACAAACUGCUGGAAGAGCUCUCAACGGCGCAAGGUGACAUUUUGAAGAAUGACAUGCUAUUGAGCACACUCAAUGAAGUCAAAGAGAGUAGCAAUGUCAUUGAUAAGUCACUUAAGGAAAGUGCGCGCGUGAAGGAGUCACUACUUUCAGACUUUACGAAUCUACGAGGGCUUUGCACACAAUCAGCGAAAUUUUACAUGGAACUCAUCGUAACGUACGAAUUGCCAGCCUUAGCGUACAUUCAACUAUUUCUGAACUCACUGCAGACAUUUGAAACUCACAACGCCGUUUCUUCAAGCGAAAAACGAAUCUAUGAGCAGUUGGUCACAGCGACCUUUCAAUACUUGGCCCGCGCAAUAUCGCGUUCCAGCCAUUUAACGUUGGCGUUAUAUGUGUGUAAAUGCGCCUAUCCAGAGCGCAUACCUGCUGCUGAAUGGGAAAUGUUCGUUACGAACUUUAUGGUCGCAGCUGACGCCAGCAUGGGCAGCGCAGAUUUGGGCUCAGCACAAAUGCCCGAUUAUAUGUCUCAAGAAGCAGUACUUAAACUGAGGAUUUUGCUGACGCAAGUGCCACAACUAGAAGAGCAGUUGCAAUUACAGAAGGAUUACGCCUGGCGGAGUUUUAUAGUAGAUCAGCUGCAGGACAUUCCAGGGGACAUCCAAUCCGUCUUUCAUCGGGUGCUUAUAGUGCAGAUAUUUCGAGCAGACCUUUUGUUCCUGCAGUUACGACGCACAGCUGUUGACAUAUUAGGAAUUUCCCCAGAUGCUGUGCCACAGCCAACUGUAGAUCAACUUGCCGAUGAAAACACUGAAAACAAACCCAUUCUUGUAAUUACACAAACAGAAAAUGAUCCAGGCACUGAAAUUAGGAAUGCUGCGAUCAAAAAAAUCGGAUUGGAAAAAUAUACAGAACUUUCCGUUGGGCGUGGUAUGGAACGUCGAGCACUAGAAGCUGUGCGACAAGCAGCUGAGGUCGGCAAGUGGAUUUGCAUAAAAAAUGUGCAUCUAGUGCCAGAUUGGUUGUCAGAGCUAGAUCGUGAACUUGAGCUUUUGAAGAAACGUGAUGGCUUUCGCUUAUGGCUUACUUGUGAAUCAACAAGUGGCUUCAAUGAGACGAUUAUGUACAAGUUUGUAAAAAUAUUGUAUGAGUUUCCAAACGGCAUUAAGCAAAAGGUUCGUCGCAUGUUACAAAACUUUAUGUUAAGUGAAUAUCGUAGCAUUUCGAAGGACCCUAAGCUAGUUAAAAUACGAAUUGUGAUUUUCAUCGUUGCUGCCGUGCUGCAGGAGCGGCGCAAGUUCAUACCACAGGGUUGGUCCAAAUACUACGAGUUUGGUGAGGCCGAUUUGAAAGCUGCAAUGGAAGUACUGUUAUGGUUGGAUAAAACUAUGAGCAGUGGGCGUUGCGAUUGGACGAUUUUGCAACGUUUGUGUGAGAAUGUAGCUUUUGGAGGGCGCAUAAGCAACUCACGCGAUAUAAAAGUGUUGCAACGGUAUUUAGAAGAGUUUUGUUCAGCUGAAGUUUUAAGCAAUCGUUGGAGCCCAUUAAAUGCGAAAGUUAUUGUACCCACAAGUUCACAAGUGCUCGAUUAUAUCAGCGCAAUUUCGAAAUUUCCCGAUUCGGAUGAACCAGAAGUAUUUCACUUGUCAAACUAUACAAACAUCAAUCGUGAAAUUGAACAUUCUAAGAAUAUUAUUAACGAGUUACGAGCUUCUUACUACAAGAAAGCCGAUAGUGCAGAAGAAUCAGCUGAACGUGAACAGGAAAGCACUGACUUGAAGAAAUUAGAAAAGCAAAUUAAACCGAUAUUGGCACUUUGGAAAAAACUAGCUGUUAAAUGUACAAUUCAAAAAACUCUCGAAGAUAUGAAUGCUUCUUCGCAACUUGCAUCACCAUGGCAAUUAUUCAUUGCUACAGAAUUAAGAACAGCAGCCAAGUGUUUCCAAGAGGUGCACCAUACGCUGUCACUCGUACAUAAUUGGCUCAAGGCUGGUUCUAAAAAUACCAAUACCGCUGUAGACUUUAAUUUAUUACAAACCCUGGCGGAAAAUCAAAUACCGGCCUCUUGGCUACGCUGCUGGUGUGGCCCAACAACAGCAAUUGAUUACAUACGCGGCCUAGUGUUACGUGCACAAGCCGCAGAAGUGCGUUAUCGUUCAGACAUUCACUUGGAAUUUGGCCAGAAAAUAGACCUGUCCACUGUUUUCAAUAGCGGCACUUUAUUCUCUAGCCUCAAGCUGACAAACUCAGUACAAAUGAAAAUGUCUUGUAAGGAUCUUCAGCUGGUCGCCAACGUAGUAAACAACAGUUUGGAACACGGUGGACAAGCAGUCGGUUCUAUUAUUACCGUAGCACCGCUGAAGGUGGAUGGUGCAGUUUUCACUUAUGGAAAACUUACAAUAAAAGCAAAUGCAGAUAGUCGAUCACUGGAUUAUAAGUCUCCUGAAAUUUCAUUUACCUUUACACUCAACACCUAUGCUGAGGACAAAACGACUAUACAAAAACCCGCUGCUGGUUUUCUGAAAUUACCUCUAUACUCAAAUGUUAGUCGUGAAAAAUUGCUUUGCUUGGUAGACAUUCCAACUACUGAAGCUGCGGAUUUGGUGUUAUUAUCUGGAGCAGCACUCAUUGUUCCUGAUUUCUAGGUGACCAGGAAUCAGCGAAAAUAUUUUUACUUAAUUACUUGCAAAUAUUUAAAUUAUUGUUAGUGGGCUUAUUACAAUUAAUAUAAUAAA